ACAUAUAUAUAGUAUUAAAUUUAUAUUAUUAAAACUGAAGUAUAUUUUUUAAUUAACCUUUUAUUUAUCUUCAUAAUUACAGUUUAUGCCAUUGAGUUAAUAUUUAUUAAUUUUAUAAUAAAAUCAUCUAUUAUUGAUUAUAAAAAAAAUAACUGAUUAUUUAGCAUGGAAACCAACUCCUAAGUUACUACAUUUGUUUCUAUUUUCUAACCAUCCAGAUUUGGUUAACAUUCACGAUGGGGUAAUUUAAUAUAUUAAAUUUGCAUUCAGAAAAAACAUUCAUUAAUUUAUAUAAGAUAUUCCUAGGAAUAAUUUGUGUAACACUAAAAUUAAUUAUUAAUUACAUUAUAUUUGUAUUUAACUUUCAAAAUUUUGAAUUAUUGAUAACUUAAUAUUUUUUUUGUUAGCAACGUAAAUAGAUUCAUAUAGAUUUUGCAAACCAAACUGAAAACUCCGCAUCCAUAUGGACGACAAAAGACAUUUGCUUCCAUCCACUACGUAGUGCAAAACUGUCCGCCCCUGAAUUAUGCGUCUGUGGUAUAUGAAUGAGCUAUGAGGCUGUUGAAACUUCUCUUCAAGAACUAUAUAUCUUCCAAAUAAUUUGCAAAGGCUGGUAUUUCUUCUGGUUCUGAAACCAUAUUCACCAACUGAGAACAAUCUGUUGCAAAUGUGACAGUAAAUUAUCGUAGGUUCCUCAUGUAUUCCGUUGUCCAAAUGAGAGCAUUUAUCUCUGAAUGAAGUGGCGACGGACUCGCUCUUGUAUUUAUCGCUCCCAUUAAACCAUCAAAACCUUCCAAUGUGCUACCACCCUUGUUCCGAAUAAGUUUCCUGAGUUUUCCAUGAUCUAUCCGUAAAAUACCAUCUACUGGAAUAGAUAGUACUGUUGCUUAUACUGUAAUCGAUUAUAAUUGAUUCCCUAUGUAACUGAAAUAUGUGUCUCAGCCCAUAGCAUUGACUCAGUUUCUGCCAAUUUGAGAGUAUCUCUAGAAUCAAUAUCUAAAAUGCUAAAUACUUUGUUGUUUCUUUUUUUUCAUAUGUACCAUAAGAUCCAUGAAAAAUGAUGAUCUUCUAAUUGCGUAGAAACCCUUCAGAAUAAAUGAUCCAUGUUCGAAAAAAUGACUGAGUAGGAAAUAUAUCCUGAUUCGAUGGAGUUCGUGAGAGCACCCAAACCUGAAUCGCUCGUGGACAUUAAAAAAUACAUGAUUUAUAGAUUUCUGAGAUGCUCUACAUCGUGCACAAAUUCUAUCCCCUUGUAUUUUUCUUGCUCUCAAAAUUUUCUUAACCGCUAUACAUCCUGAUAAGACAAUGAGAAUAUUUAAAUUUCAAACUUUGCAUUGAUUUAAAUAAAAAACUACUAAAACUAUUAAAUAUCUCACAGUGAGAAUUUUUUAUCAGUGAUUUAAAAAUUUUGCUAUAUAAAAGAUACAAAUAAUCAAAAAUAUAAGUAAAAACAUCAUUUAAUAGAUUUUAAUAUUAAAAUAUGUAUCUAUGAUAAUAUAAUUCAAAUUUAAUUAUAUACCAUAUUAAAUAAAAAGGGAUUGUUUGGGGUAAUAAAAUUUAUUUAUAUGCUCGCGCGCACUAAUUUAAUUAUAUAUGUAGUAUGUACUGAAUUUUUAAUUAUUCAAUAUAUAUUUACUAUUUUAUAAUAUGUAAGAGAAUACAUAAUACGUAAACCUAGUUUUUAUAUACAAUGUUUAUUAAGUAAAAGUCGCGGAUCUUAACCUAUAUACCAUAUCAUUUUGAUUGGUUUAGUAUCUAACCAGAAUAUGAGUAACAAAUUACUGACAAUUAAAAACCAUUGAUUUAUCACAAAUGUUAUAUACUACAAAUCUAAAAUAAACACUAUUAUAGAUGCAUUUUGUGCAACCAUAACAUUUUUGUGCCGUGAAAAAAUUUAUAUGCUGGUCAAGCUCUACAAUAAUCUUAUUUUUGUAUUCCAAAUAAAUAUAUCUUGACUUGCAUAUUCUUCUGCAACAGCAGAAUCUGCAUUACCAUAAAUAUGGCAUAUGUCAUUAUCUUUAGCUUGUGAUGAUGAUGAUCCUGAUUGGAUGCAGAGGUGGUUUCAUAUGCUUCAUCACUGAUACUAAUGAAGAAGGAUUAAUCGAGUUUCGAGCUUUCUGUUUGUACAGUUGCAGGUUAAGGUGAUCGUUAUCUGAAUCUCUUCGAACUCUCAAGUUGUAACAGUUAUUUUUCACGUCUUGUGCAAACUCUAAAGCCUUUUUGAGAUCUGCACCAUUCUCUUGUCUUUUGUGGAUUUUUUAAUAUCAAGGGCUUUAAAGUAUAGAAGAAGAAACUUCUAGAUUAUAAAUAUAGACGCAAAAAGUUCUGGAUAUAGCUUUAAAGUUAUUCGAAGUCAUUCGAAAGAACAAUCUGGGCCGUCCGAGGUUAAAACCCCGCAAUAGUUUUCAAUAUUUCUUACCACUACAAAAUUAUAUAAGAUCAAAUAGGCCAACUCACUUAUUUAUACUGAAACUAGAGUAUAUGCUAAAGAUUCGUGAAUAGUCUACAAGCAAAUAGAAAAUUAUACAAAAUUUUAUAGAAUAAAUGUUCUAUACAUGUGAGCUAGAUAAAACACACAUAUCAAUAUAACAUACAACUCUCUGAAGUCUGAAGAGUGCAUGGUGGUGGUCACAUGACAUAUGUCAAUGACUAAAUGAGCCUUUGUAACCUUCGUGGAGACCACACCUUUGUCUUUUCUUCGGCCGGUCUCUUCUCCUUAAAAAGCAUAUGUAGGCCUGUUAUAUUAGAGCAUCAGCAUUGGAGGUUCACUAGGGGGGUUCACACGUUUUUCAAAAAAAAAAAAUUAUAAUAUGUAACAGUGAUGAUCCUGGCUCUCCAAACCUCUUCUGUAUGAACCUGGAUCAUAACUGUUCAGCGGGCCCCACGCCACGUGGCGGCCCGCUAUUGGUCAAUUUUUUUUUUUUUUUUUUAACGAAAAAAAAAAAAAUAAUAAUAAAAUAUUCAAAUUAUGAACCCCAACCAGGGGUUCAUUAAUGCUGGUGCUCUUAUACGCUUUAUCCGUACUUGCAUAUUAACAUUAGCAUUUAUUGUAAGAAUACGAGAUAAACUUGAAUAGAAUGAAUAACAAUAGAUAAUAGAUGAAAAGACUAGAAAAAUCAACACCCUUUUUCAAAAGAAAAAAAAAAGAGAUCAUAGAGAAUAGAGAUGUAAAUAUAAUUUUCUUAAUAUUUAACAGUUGUGACUAUACAAAAUUAUAAGUAGAUAUAACUUUUCAAGGAAGUUAAACAAAUUUGGUUUAUUAAAAUAUAUAUAUAUAUAUAUAUUUACUAUUCAACUUAUUGUUUUCUUAACGCUUCUCCUCAAACUGACCAUAUGAAUUCCAGAGAUUAAGUUUGGAACCAUACAGAUUUAUCUUAUUAAGAACAUAAGUGCGGAAAAUGAUUUGAGACAAAAUCAUACUUAGAAAUAAAAAGAAUAUAAAUUUUAUGGGGUAAGGAUUAAGAUAGAUCUAUGAGUCCAAGUUUCAAAUAAAUAAAUUCACAAACAUUGUUGUUAACUGUUUUGGUAAAAAUAGCUAGUUGAUUCGAGGUCUUUCGGUAGGAUGGUAAAAUCAUUCUUUGCUUAACCAUUUGUCUUACUUUGUGAUAAUCCAUUUUGAUGUAAUUGGUUCUCUUAUAAAACAUUAAGUUGGAUGCAAUGUGAAUUGUGAAUGAUUGUUUGAUUGGCACAGUACCAUUGUGCCGGGUGAUUCAAUUCUCAAAUCUUUGAGAAGAGUUUUGAGCCAAAUAAACUCAUUAGUGAGCUUCUUCAUAUGAUUCAAUCGAUUCGAUUUUUUAAAAAAAAUAUUAUGAUAAUUUCUUUUGUGUUUGAGAAAAAAAUCUUGGGCGACAAUGUUAAUCAUUUGAAUAUGUUGUAUAACCUCAUUGGCUACGCAUGACAUAUAGCAUUUUUCGUUAUUGCUGGAAUUAUUUAAAAUAACAUAAAGAUAUAUUUGAAAACAUCUAUACUAAAAGUGAAUGAGUUAGCAGCAGCUUGUAUACAUAUAUUUUCGAUAACAAUAACAAAUGUGAAAUUUUAACAUACUACUAGAUGUUCUAGGGUUAACAAAUGUCAAACAUCUAUACAUAAAAUAUAUUUGAAAACAUUUAUACUAAAAGUGAAUGAGCUAGGGUUAACUAAUCUAGACUUAAAAUUUAAAUUUGAGAGGUGGGUAGGGUUUUUAGAAUGUGAAAUAUAGGAUUUUAUUAAAUAUAUAAAUAAAUAUUUAAUUUUUUUUUAAAUAGUUUCAAAAAUAAUUUUUGAUUUUCAAAAAAUAAUUUUGAAAAUAAAAACAAAUUUCAAAAAACAAAUUAAAAAAAACUUUAUAAAAAAGUUCAAAAAGUAUAAUAAUUAUUUAUAACGUAUAUAUAUAAAACAAUGAUAUAAAAGUCUUUUGUCACUUAGUGAAGAAAUCAUUUUUGAAAAUAUCUCUUUAGUGGUGGUAAACAUGAAUAACGGUACCAAGAAAGUGAUAAACAUGAAUAUUUCUCAUUAUAAUUAACAUUUUCAUAUUAUUAAAUGAUAUGAUAAUAUUGAUUUAAAAUUUAAUUAAAUAGUAAUAAAUUUUUUAAUGAUAGAUAGGUAUGUUAUAGAUAAAAUUAUGUUAUAAAUUUUUAUAUAAUAUUAUAAGAUGUCAAUCUAUUAUUAAAAACAUACUAAAAAGCUAAAUAAUUAUAACAAGAAGCAAAAAAUUUAAAUAAAUAUUCGUUAUUUUAAUUUAUUAGUUUAAUUAUUGCUAGUUUUUUAUAAUAAAGGAAAUACUAUAUAAAUUUUUUAAUCAAUCUAAUAUGUAUUAUAUCAUUUCAUAAUUUUAAUUUUUUUUGCAAUUUCAUUAAUUUUUCGUAACUUAACUAUCUUUUCCGUGACUAUGCAAUGUCUACAAAUCAUAACCUAACUUGUAAAGUACUUAAGUAAUUACAUUUACAAAUAAAGAAGCUAGUGCUUAGUCAACAAGAAUCCUAAAAUACUAAAGAUUCGUGUAUCGGGCCCCUAAUACGAUUAAUUAUAUUUUGAUUAACUAAUACGUUACGUACGAUCAAACCAUUAUACAUAAAGUUCGUAUUAAAAUAAAUUCCAGUCUUUUCUUCAAAAAAAUAAAAUAAAUUCCAGUCAGUUUUACACAAUGGGAAAUUUGAUCCUAUAACCAAAAAAAAAACUAUAUUUCAUCAUCUAACCAUAUAACCCUCUCUCUCUUCAUUUGACCCUAUAACCAAAAAAAAAACUAUAUUUCAUCAUCUAACCAUAUAACCCUUUCUCUCUUCAUUUCUCUUCCUAUCUCUCUCUACCUUCUUACUACAAAACUAAUAUUUUUUCCAUUAUAGUCAUCUAGCAAAUUAACCCUUACACAAUUCAUGUUGGGGUGGACCUAGUCUUGUUUUCAACUGAUGCUCUACUUCCUGGUUUCUACAGUAAAAGGUUAUAAAACAGAAUCUAAAUUAAUUUUCAGUAUAAAUUGUAAAAGAAUAUUAUGUUUAGUAUAUUUAAAACAUCUACCACUUCCUGACGUUGUUUAUGAAUACAUAGUUUAAAUUAAACGUCCCAAUUUUGGGUGUCAGGAUUAGGGCUGGACAAGAAAGGGCUAGACAAGAAAAUUUAACCGAACUAAAUCGAAAAGAACCAGUUGAAUUCAAACCGACCCAAACCAAACAAAAGCAUAUGUUCCAACCAUUCAGAAAUAUAUUUUAUUAACUCAAAUAGUUUAGUUUAUAGUCCAGUUUUAAACCAAAUCAAAAACCAAAAUGUUUAUUUAAUUAUAUUAAAUAUAUAUGCUAAUAAUAUUAAGAUUUUAAGAUAUUUAACCAUCUAAACUAAACAAGUAGAUAUAAUUUUAUAUAUUUUACUUUCAAAUAAACAGAAAAAUAUAACUAGCAACAAACUAAAAGAACAUAGUCUCAUAUACUAUCAUCAAAACCAAAAACUACCUAUGAUAUAUAUAUAUAUAUAUCGUUUAAAGAUAAUCAUAUAAAAUAUUUGAUUACAUCGCAUUUUUAUUAUGAUGUUUGUCAUUACGUUUAAAUAUAAAAACAUUAAUAAUUUAGUGUCAAUUUGUUUUUGUUUUAUAAAUUAUAUAUUCGUAACCAAACUAAAAUAAACUUAAAACAAUUCAACUAAACAAACAUAAACAAACAAAACCAAACACAAACCAGAACGAACACAAAACAAACUAAUUUUGUUAACUUCAAUAGGUAAAGAUGACAUGAUUUGAACCCGUGAUAUUUUGUACCCAAGAAACGCAAAAGCGUCUACACACGGGCACACUUCUAUCUGAUGCACAGAAGAACAUUGUCUGAUUAUGCUCACCAGACGACGAGUCACUGGCGGCGUCAUCAGCGCGUCACGGCAAUCGUUUUUCUCCAUCUAUAACUGAUUUGUAAGGUAUGAAAUUCUUUACUAACAAUUAGUAUGAUUUAAGAAAAAAAUAAUAGAAACAAAUCGUUUUAAUAACCAUAAACUGAUUUGUAAGGUAUAUAAGAUAAAAGUUUUUUUUUUUGUCAAAACAUUAUUUUCACUUAACUUAUUUUAAAAAAAAAACUUUCAAAUUUUAUAAAAAAACUAAUUUUGUUAACUUCAAUCAAAGUGUUUUAGAUUUAAACAAACCAAACCGAACAUUAAUUUGAACCGAAAUGCCUAUCCUUUGUCCUGGUUUUUUGGAUAUUUGGAAGCUUAGCUUCUGCAAUCCUUUUCAGAUCAUUUUUGAUAAUAGUUUUGUUGUAAGAAUUAGUUUUAAGUUAUGUUUGCAUUUUUAUCCUCUCUUUUUUUACAUCACAUUUUUAUCCUCUUUUAUAUUUGUGAUUUCAGUGUCUUUUAUGUUUUUAACAAAGUUUUAGAUGAUUGGAAAAUAAAAUAUGAACUUCAUAUUUAUCAAAAUAUUUUAUAGAAUAAAAACUUUUCAGCAAAACAAAACUAAACACAGAUAUUCUAAAGGACUAGUAUAUGUUAUACAUGUAUAUUAUUAAUGGUACAGUGUACCGGUAUUUAUAUUGUGAAAAUGAUUGUAUAUUAGCUGGCCUCUUGAUACCGAUUUUUUUUAAUCAAAAUCUAGUCAUGAGAAUUGAGAAGUCAAAUCUCACUCGUGAUCUGAUAUUAUGUAUGAAUAAUUUAAUAUGCAUUAGAAUUGUCAACAAUUUGCAAGAGAAGGUAAUACUAUUGAUUUGUAAAUUUCUUUUUCGUUUACCAAAUUUAUAUAAAUAUAAGUUUGAUAUAAUACAUAAUUGAGAAUAUAUAUAACUAUCUAAAAAUUUCACCUAAAAAAAAGCUAAGAGAGAAAAUAAAAUAUUUUGAAAUUUUUAAUAUUUAUAUUAUAUUUUUGCUGGAAGAUUAUUUUCGGUUGUUUAUAUAUUUUCGUCGUCAAAUUAUACAUUCAAUUAAUAAAAUAGCUCUAUGCAUGUGCGUCAUAUUCACAAUGAAUAUUUUAUUUGAAAUAUAUGAAUAGAACCAAAAAUAUAUAGCUAGUAUGUCUUUUUAAUCAAUUUGAUUUCACUAAUGUAUAAUAAUUAAUACUAUCUGAUCACUCAAACAUAUAUAAACUAAAUAUAUGAUCUGAAUGGUAACCUAUCAGACAAUUGCAAAACAACUGGUUUUAAUUGUAACAAAAAUAUAUAAAUACAUAGAUAUAUAUAAAUAUUUUUGUUUCUAUUAACGGUAGUGUACGGUACGGUCUGUCACCAUUUAGAACCAUAAAAUAUAAACUUCAAAAUAAUUUAUUAAUAUCAAAUGUGCUUAAUUGGCUUUUAAAAGAAAGAGCUUAAUUAUCAAAUGCAAAUUGCGCCGCUAAUUCACGCGGUUCCACGUGAUCAAAGACACUAGAGUGGGUCUGCUUGCUUCGGUUCUAAUGUCAAUCCAAGUUUUGACUUAUGACUAACUACGUAAUAUUUAGUGACUCAAUUUUAAUUUUAUAAAAAUAUGUUACACCAACAAAAAUCAUAAAUAUGAUGACCAAUUGCUACGUACUUGUAUAAAAUACUUGAGAGGUAAUAAUUAAUUAGUAGCUAGUUUCAGAUGAAGUCAUAAAACCACGGACGGUUUUACUCAUCCAAGUAUAUAUAUUGUCGUGUGAUUACACAUCCACUUAUAAUUGGAUUAUUUCGGUGUUACGUUGCUCUAUUUUUUAUAUGUAAAGAAAAAUAGCAAAACAGUCCUGCUAUUGUCUAUUUAUUCGAAUGAUUUUUUCUCGAAAAUAAAAAGAAAAAUAUUAACGAUUUUUUUUUGGACAAAGAAAAAGAAAAAUAUGAACGUGAAAGCAAAGUUUUCUACUUCAACUAAAACGCGCUGAAAAUUCUAAGUAGAGAGAGAAAUACAUAAUGUCAACAGUUUGCGUAAGAAUGGGGACGAUCACAUCCAUUCAUCGGCUAAUAAUAAUAAUGACUCGUGAGCUAAACAUUAGACUAGGGAUCACUAUCCAGCAAAAGUCCUUUAACACCACAGCACACACAGCACAAAUAUAUUUAUUAUAGUUCAAUUUCUGAAAACUACUCUUCUUCUAUCAUCUUUUCAUAUAUAUAUCUUAGCACACAUAUAGCUGGUUUUCUGAAGAGAAUCAUUUUAAUUACAUUAUACAGUCACUAACGUUUUUUUGGAAAUUUACAAGAAAACACGAAUUAAAGGUAUUUUGCUAGAUUCUAAAUUUGAAUAGGUGGCAAAUUCGACCACAUAUAAUAAAUAAACGUUUUACAACUAAAAUCUAGUAAAUUGAAAUUUGUCUGACAUUCUUAUUGUUCUUUACGAAAGAGAUUUCCUACGUGAUUGAAUGUUCACCUAGUUAUACACUUUACUAAUGCCGUGGCAGAAAAUGAUAUAUAUACAUCUUUUAACGCCAUGAAACCCUGGUUAGACGAAUAAAAACAUAAAAGUACAUAUUCCAUUUGUUUAUAAAUAAGUGUCAUUUUAACAUUUUCCACACAAAUUUAGAAAGUGGCAGAAAUAUAUGUAAGUUAUUAUUAAUUAUAUUUCUACCAAUAAUAUUUGAGAUAAAUAAAAUUAUUUAUAAAAUUAAUGCAGUUUUUAAUUAAUUUUCAGUUGAAAAUAAGUAUAAUUUGCAUUGAAAUUACAAAGUGACAUUUUUUAUGUAACAAGAAAAAAAAAUUGAUCAGACAGUGUGGUACGCUUGCGAGAUAAUCUACUCUAUAACAUUAAGUGCGUUCCUUCCGGGAUCGACCGGAUCAGUCGCCCAUAGAAAGAGUAUAAAAUAUUAAAAUGACACUUAUUAUAAAAUAGAAGGAGUAGAAGUUAGUGCACGUUGAAGAAGUUAUAUCGUCGACUAUGCCAAUGAAAGGUUUAAUUGCCGUGAUUAAGCUGCAAAACUUACAAUAAGAUCAUCCGUGACGAUAAAAUGUCAUAGCAAGUUUGACGUUAGAUUUCCCGUAACUAUUUUGAGAAAAAGGACUUACAAUAGUUAUGUUUUCUCUUUUCCCCCUUCAAACUAUUUUCUUCUUCUUCUUCUUUAAUUUUCCUUUUGCGCACUGUUUUUAUAUAUAGUUUCAUAUAAUUCUAAUUCGGACGGAAAGGGAAAGAAAAGAUAAACAAACGGUCAGCAGGGUUUUGCGGGGGAGGUACGAGUGGAAAUAAACAAACGAGUGCUCCAAUAGAGAAAAUGAAUAUUAACAUACACAAUGGACGUUACUCUUAAGAAAAUUACUAAACGUAAAAAAAAUUACUAAAAGUAAUGUCAUAUUAUUUUUCUUUUUCUUGUAUUUUUUUUUCUUUUAAACAUACAUAGUGAGUGAUAUUUAUGUGAUGGGGAUUCACUCAACUGGAAGAUAACUGUAGUGAAACGCCCAAAGCAAAAGAUCUUCAUGGGACUCUCUAUGUCUUAAAAGCCUCUCUCUCCCUCUCUCUCUCUCCCUCUCUCGCUCUCUCUCUCUCCCCACAGAAAACACAGCAAUUUCCACUUCCAGAGAUCAAAAUUGUGUUGUCCAAAAUUGAUGAAGAGAGACUAAUUCCAAGGCAUUUGCAGUCUCUUAAUCCAUUUCUCCUCAUCAUUUAAUUACUCUCAAAAUCUCCAAGCAAAGAAAAGCUUUGACUCUUUCUUGGAUCUCUUUGGGGUGUGUUGUGUGUGUGAUGUGGAUUAUCCCUAGGGAAAUAAAUGGCAGGAUUUUUUUAUCUAGGAGGGAGAGACAACAACAAGCAAGAUCUUCAUCAAGUGGACAAGAGCAGUUAUCUUUAUCUCUACAAGGACGAGAUUUAUAACACCAACAAGGGUUUCGAGAUUUGGCCUCCUCAAUACUUCCAAGAACAACAUCAACAACAUGUCACAGCUCCUGCAAACUUCUACUCCUUUGGAAUGGUCCCAAGCGGAAGCAGCAGCAACAACAACAACAAUAACAGGAGCCGGAGUUUACACUUCAACGUAGUCUCCGAUCAUGAGCCGGGAGGAUUCACGGUAACAAGACAAGGAAGUAUGAAUUGUCAAGAUUGUGGGAAUCAAGCUAAGAAAGAUUGUUCUCAUAUGAGAUGUAGAACAUGUUGUAAAAGCCGAGGCUUUCACUGUCAGACUCACGUUAAGAGCACUUGGGUUCCUGCUGCUAAACGCCGUGAGCGUUUAGCUCAACUCGCCUCCUUGCAGCACCGUUCAGCCUUCAGCCGUGAAACGCAAAAGGCAAAACGCCUACGAGAAGCAAAUGGUGGUGGUGAUAAUGUUGAUAAAGACCAUAGUGGUAGUGCUGGAUCGGCUAUUGCUACCCGUGUGGCGAAUGCUAAUUCUAAUUCAGGGUUUGAGGUGAGUCAAAACUUACCACCGGAAGUUAGCUCACCGGCGGUUUUUCGAUGCGUUCGAGUGAAUUCGAUAGAAGAGGAUGAAGAUGAUCAAGAAUAUGCUUAUCAAACGGCUGUGAACAUUGGAGGACAUAUCUUCAAAGGCAUUCUUUAUGACCAAGGACCAGAACAAGAUCACCAUCACCAACUUAACCUCCUUGCUCCCACAGCUACAACCACCAAUGCUGAAGAGACUGCUGCUAAAACGGCGGUUACUGUUGCCGGAAACAAUAAUACUGGAUUAAUACUCGAUCCUUCGUCGCUUUAUCCGGUUCAGCUUAGCUCCUACAUCUCCGGUACGCCAUUCUUCACACCUCCGAGGUCUUGAGAUUCAGACACAAUUAUUGAAUAUUAUUUCAUCUUUACAAUGUAAUUGUAAUAAGAGACCUUUGUAUUCGCCUUUGUCUUUUGAAAUUUCCAACAAUUUGAUAAAACUCCCUUAAUUAUCUAGGUUGUUACUUAGUGGUGGGUGAUUAACAUGCACAUCUUUCGUGUAUGUAUCUUUAAGAUCAAUGGGAGUUAAGUUACUGUUCUAGUUUCAAAAAAAUUUUAAAAAAAUUAUUGCUUGUUUAUUGCAUUUUCUCAAUUUCCUCUUGUAGUUAUUCGUUAUAUAUUUCUACUUGAGACCAUUUCUACAUCUCUUUUUAGUUCAUUGCCUAGGAUCGAUCUCUAAUUGUGUCAAUUUGAAUGUCUUCUGGUAGAAGUUUUAUAUAUUACUAAUUAUAUCACUGUCUUUUUAUAGGUGUAAGAAAUAUAGUACGAACUUUUUAAUCAAUUAAUAAAAGUAUUUUUGGGUUUGAUAUUGAAUUAGCUUUCUGGUGGUGUUGAGCUCGAAGUUGCUUUUCCCCCGUUUAUCCGUUUGCUUGCCAGAUCUUAACAUGACUUAUAACUAGGUUUCGUGUUCCAUUGAUCAAAGAUUUAAAAAACCUUAUAUAAAGAAACUUUAAACAGUUAUUGUAUUACCCAGUUAAAUUUCAAUUGAAAUAUACUAUAUAUGCUAUAACUAACAUCUCGGAAAAGUUGGAAAAAAAAGAAGGGAAAAACUGGACGGCUUAAAAAUCAGAUGGAUGCAUUAUCUUUAAUCUAGUGAGUCUAAGUUUCGUAACUGAAUAAGCCACUAGAUUCAACACCUAUCUACAAUAUUGGGUUAAUAGAUCAAAUUAUUAGUCCAUACGUAACAUGUGAUUGUUAAUUGGUGUAGAUGAACGUAAACAGACUCAUACAGCGCACUUAUGCCAAACUACCCCCUGCAGAACUAUGAUAAUUAGCUAUUUGAUCAUCACUUGCAUGGAUGUGAGUGUGACUAUCAUUCGUCUGUAGCUCUCCUCAUUUAAUAUUUUUGUCCUUAUAGCUUGUAAGUAGUAUUAUACACAUUUACGGAUGACUGAAUACUUUCAUAUACAUUACGUCCAAAUCGGUUUCGUUAUCCUUGUGAAUUGAUAUUUAAUGUGACAAUAUAUGCGUGAACUGACAAUGUUCUAUUAAUACCAAUAAUGAUUACCUAGUACUGUUACGGAUUGCUUGAUUUAGGACAAGUUAAAAUGACAGAGGAGAAGAUGGAAGUUACUGAAAAAUUGUACAGUAUCUGACUCAUGACAUGUGAUAACUCGUUUAAUUUCAGUCUCUCUCGAUCAAAUUUGUUUGGUUAACUUUAAUAAAUAAAUCAGUUUCCAAUAACAGUAGUUGAUCCAAAAUUACGAGCACCCCCUCUGAUACUUUUCUUAAUCUGUGUCACAUCUUAUUUCGAAUAACUCGUAGGAUUAGCCUAUGGUUUUCCUUUUGGAGUUACCUCUUCUCUAGCCAUAAUUCUCUGUAACUAAUUUUAGUAACUUUUGUGUUUCUUUUUUUUCAUUAUCACGUAUGUGAUAUGUGGUUCUGUACUUCUGUUGGUACGUAUACUUAGAGUUAUCCUCACAUGUCAAAUGCUAGGCAGUUAUUAAUUACCAUAGGUGAAGUUUGAAAGGAUAGUUAGCGAGUAAAAUAUUACUUAAUUAUGUUGAAAAAGGGAAAAUAAUAGGGCAAGAAGCACGAAGAGUCCCAAAGACUCGACACAUCAUAUCAUGUAAUAUUGUGAAGUCUAUGAUCAAAGUGAGAGACUAGUGUCCGGAUAAAGAUGUUGAAACGCGUCCUCAUUCCUCAACUUCUGUUAUGCUUAUACCUAAGUCGAUUAUGAUGAUAGGACAAUCUCUUCUCUUUCAAUGAUUCAACUCCUUUCCAUGAAUUAUAGAAAUCUUCUAAUACGUCUAUAGAUAUCAAAUAGUGACCAUGUGAGAAAACUUCGUUUAUUGAUUAACAAACAAACUGAUGGCCCAUCUGGCCGCCAUUAUAAAAAGGAAUUGCAGAAUUUUCGCAUUUUCACUUCGCUCACGUCUCAACCCCUUAAACACAGUUCAUGAUCAUGAAUAUACGCAACAGCCAUGUUGGGGUUGUUAGGAUAGGCCGAUAGGAAUGAGACUUGUACUUAUCUAAUAAUAUGUAUCUUUCAACAGUUCUCUGUAAAUCUCUGGCUCCCUAAUCUAUAGUACACGGCUAUUGCCUAUUUUACCCAUCAUAUGAUAAACUGCCGUUCUCAAACAAAAUAUCUAAUUUAAAUACAUAAUUUCACACUUAUACCAAAAGUUAUAUGCCUCCAGCUUAUUAGUUAAAUAAAAAAUGACAAUCUUAAUAAAUACAGUGUUAAUGUAACGAUAUAUGUAACCAAAUCAGAGACAAUUCAAUAUUACCUCAAAAGAAUCAUUAGGCCAUCAUCAACGGUAAACUUCUAAAUUUCUUGAUUCAACUUUAAUUUAAAUCGCUGUUCAAUAUUUCAAUAGGAAUAUGACAAUUGCAUUAUGACUUACCUUUAAC